AUGGCUCAUAGUGCUGGAGGAGAGGGAGGAGGAGAGGGUGAGGAAGAGGAGGAAGGAGGAGAGGAGGAUGGAGGAGGAGGAGACGGAGGAGAAGGAGAGGAGAGGGAUGCAGAGUGGGACGAGGAGCUGGACGGAGAGGACGAGGGAGUGAGGAUGACGAGGACCGACACGCUUCACUCGACCACGAGUUCAACCGGGACACAGCGAAGAAGAGGACUACACGCUAAGAAACAGGUCCAGGGCAGUAAUCAGGUCCAGAGAGCUCCGAGAGCUUUAUACUGUCUAAAACUCAACAAUCCAAUCAGACGAGCCGCUCUCUCCAUUGUAGAGUGGAAACCUUUUGACAUCUUCAUCCUUUUGGCCAUCUUUGCUAACUGCGUCGCUCUGGGAGUCUCUAAACCGUUUCCUGAGGACGACUCCAACUCCACCAACCACGACCUGGAACAAGUGGAGUACGUCUUCCUCGUCAUCUUCACCAUUGAGACCUUCCUGAAGAUCCUGGCCUACGGUCUGGUGAUGCACCCCAGCUCCUACAUCCGCAACGGCUGGAACCUGCUCGACUUCGUCAUCGUCAUCGUCGGUUUGUUCAGCGUCGUCUUGGAGACGAUGACUCACAAGUCCGGCGAGGUGGCGACGACUCACCACGUGCCGGGAAAACCUGGAGGUCUGGAUGUGAAAGCUCUGAGAGCCUUCAGGGUCCUGAGGCCCCUCAGACUGGUUUCUGGGGUCCCCAGUCUGCAGAUCGUACUGAACUCCAUCAUGAAGGCGAUGGUUCCUCUCCUCCACAUCGCUCUGCUGGUCCUCUUCGUCAUCAUCAUCUACGCCAUCAUCGGUCUGGAGCUCUUCAUCGGACGCAUGCACAAAACCUGCUACUACAAACAAGCAGAUAACUACGUGGAGGACGACCCCGUGCCGUGCGCCUUCGCCGGUCAUGGCCGUCAGUGCAGAAUCAACGGGACGGAGUGCCGGGGGAGGUGGGACGGCCCCAACGGGGGGAUCACCAACUUCGACAACUUCUUCUUUGCCAUGCUGACGGUGUUCCAGUGCAUCACGAUGGAGGGCUGGACCGACGUCCUCUACUGGAUGAACGACGCCAUCGGCUUCGAGCUGCCGUGGGUUUACUUCGUCAGUCUGGUGAUCUUUGGAUCCUUCUUCGUCCUCAACCUGGUCCUAGGAGUCCUCAGCGGAGAGUUCAGUAAGGAGAGGGAGAAGGCGAAGGCUCGGGGAGACUUCCAGAAGCUGAGGGAGAAGCAGCAGAUGGAGGAGGACCUGUGUGGCUACAUGGACUGGAUCACUCAGGCCGAGGACAUGGACGAGCUGGACGAGGACGGGAACCCACGUCCGUCUCUGGGAGAUCUGUCAGACAAGAAGAGAGGAAAGUUUGGAUGGUUCAGUCACUCCAGUGAGACACACGCUAGUCUUCCUGCCAGUGACACAGCAUCUACAAACACAGAAAACAUUGAUGAAGAACACACCAACUGCUGCCAGGCCUGCUGCUCCCAGAUGAUGCAGAUCAGCUGCUGCCGGACGCUGCGGCGCUGGAACCGAGUCUGCCGCAGGAACUGUCGCACCGCCGUGAAGUCGGUGACUUUCUAUUGGCUGGUUCUGCUGCUCGUCUUCCUCAACACCUCCCUCAGCGCCUCGGAGCACUACAACCAACCUGAUUGGCUGACAGAGGUCCAAGACAGCGCCAACAAGGUGCUGCUGUCCCUGUUCACCGUGGAGAUGCUCCUGAAGAUGUACUCUCUGGGCCUCGCUCACUACUUCGUGGCGUUCUUCAACCGCUUCGACUGCUUCGUGGUGUGCGGCGGCAUCGUGGAGACCAUCCUGGUGGAGAUGGGCAUCAUGCCGCCACUCGGCAUCUCCGUGCUGCGCUGUGUACGCCUGCUGAGGAUCUUCAAGGUCACACGCCAUUGGACGGCUCUGUCCAACCUGGUGGCGUCGCUGCUGAACUCCAUGAAGUCCAUCGCCUCGCUGCUGCUGCUGCUCUUCCUCUUCCUCAUCAUCUUCGCUCUGCUCGGCAUGCAGCUGUUCGGAGGGAAGUUCAACUUCGACGAGACGCAGACGAAGAGGAGCACCUUCGACGCCUUUCCUCAGGCGCUGCUCACCUGCUUCCAGAUCUUGACCGGGGAGGACUGGAACAUGGUGAUGUAUGACGGCAUCAUGGCGUAUGGCGGCCCCGUGUUUCCGGGGAUGAUCGUGUGCGUUUACUUCGUCAUCCUCUUCAUCUGCGGUAACUACAUCCUGCUGAACGUCUUCUUGGCCAUCGCGGUGGACAACCUGGCAGGAGGAGACGGAGACAAGAAGGAGAAGAAGACAGAAGUAGCGGAGCAGGAGGAAAAAGUCGGAGAAGGAGAAGGAGGAGAAGAACAAGGGCAACAAGGACAGGAAGAGGAAGUAAAGGUGGAAAUGGACGAAGACACCGAGUACGAGGAGGAGGAGGAACCUCCUGAAGGAGAAGAGGAUGCCGUAGUUCAAUUAAAGAUAGCUGACCUGGCUCCUCCUAAAGAGAAGGUUCUUCCAAUCCCAGAAGGCAGUGCGUUCUUCUGCAUGAGCAAUACGAACCCUAUCCGAGUGGCCUGUCACACUCUGAUCCACCACCACAUCUUCACCAACCUCAUCCUCGUCUUCAUCAUCCUCAGCAGCUGCUCAUUGGCUGCUGAGGAUCCAAUCAGAGCCCACUCCUUCAGGAACAACAUUCUGGGUUACGCCGACUACGCCUUCACCUCCAUCUUCACUGUGGAGAUUCUGUUCAAGAUGGCGGUCCACGGAGCGUUCCUCCACCAAGGCUCCUUCUGCAGAAACUGGUUCAACUUGUUGGAUCUGCUGGUGGUCAGCGUCUCUUUGGUCUCCUUCUUCCUUCACUCCAGCGCGAUCUCAGUGGUGAAGAUCCUCCGAGUCCUCCGAGUGCUGAGACCUCUGAGGGCCAUCAACAGGGCCAAAGGACUGAAGCAUGUAGUCCAGUGUGUGUUCGUGGCCAUCAAGACAAUAGGAAACAUCAUGAUCGUCACGACGCUGCUGCAGUUCAUGUUCGCCUGCAUCGGAGUCCAGCUAUUCAAGGGUAAAUUCUAUCGCUGCACAGACGAAGCCAAACACACCCCUGAACAGUGCAAAGGGACCUUCGUGGUGUAUAAAGAUGGAGAUGUGAACCACCCGAUGGUCCGGGAGAGGAUCUGGCUGAACAGCGACUUUAACUUUGACAACGUGUUGAUGGGGAUGAUGGCGCUCUUCACCGUCUCCACCUUCGAGGGCUGGCCCGCGCUGCUGUACAAAGCCAUCGAUGCCAACGGGGAGAACUCUGGACCCAUCUACAACUACCGAGUGGAGAUCUCCAUCUUCUUCAUCGUCUACAUCAUCAUCAUCGCCUUCUUCAUGAUGAACAUCUUUGUGGGUUUUGUCAUCAUCACCUUCAGAGAGCAAGGAGAGCAGGAGUACAAGAACUGUGAGCUGGACAAGAACCAGCGUCAGUGUGUUGAGUUCGCCCUGAAGGCCCAGCCCCUGAAACUCUACAUCCCAAAGAACCCGGUUCAGUUUAAGUUCUGGUCCAUCAUCAACUCCACGGGGUUUGAGUACAUCAUGUUCGUGCUCAUCCUGCUCAACACCGUCACGCUGGCUGUUCAGCAUUACGAGCAGUCGAAGAACUUCAGCCACAUCAUGGACAUCCUCAACAUGGUGUUCACUGGCCUCUUCACGGCGGAGAUGCUGCUGAAGCUGCUGGCUCUCAGGCUCAGGCAUUACUUCGUGGACGCGUGGAACUCGUUCGACGCUCUCAUCGUAGUCGGUAGCGUCGUCGACAUCGUGGUCACCGAGUUCAGUAGUGGGGAAGACAGCUCUCGGGUGUCGAUCACUUUUUUCCGUCUGUUUCGAGUGAUGCGAUUGGUCAAGCUGCUGAGCAAAGGGGAGGGGAUUCGUACACUUCUCUGGACUUUCAUCAAAUCACUGCAGGCUCUGCCGUACGUCGCUCUGCUCAUCGCCAUGAUCUUCUUCAUCUACGCCGUCAUCGGGAUGCAGACCUUUGGGAAGGUAGCCAUGCAGCCUCACACUCAGAUCAACAGAAACAACAACUUCCAGACAUUUCCUCAGGCUGUCCUCCUCCUCUUCAGGUGUGCGACAGGUGAGGCCUGGCAGGAGAUCAUGCUGGCCAGUCUUCCAGGUAAACGCUGUGACCCCGAGUCGGACUACGAACCCGGAGAAGAGUUCAGCUGUGGAAGCAACUUUGCCAUUGUUUACUUCAUCAGCUUCUUCAUGUUGUGUGCUUUCCUGAUCAUUAACCUGUUUGUCGCCGUCAUCAUGGACAACUUUGACUAUCUGACGCGUGAUUGGUCGAUUCUGGGACCGCAUCACCUGGACGAGUUCAAGAGGAUCUGGUCCGAAUAUGAUCCAGAGGCCAAGGGUCGUAUCAAACACCUGGACGUUGUGGCUCUGCUCAGGAGGAUUCAGCCUCCUCUGGGCUUUGGGAAACUCUGUCCUCACAGAGUGGCGUGUAAGCGCCUCGUGGCCAUGAACAUGCCUCUGAACGCUGACGGCAUGGUGACCUUUAACGCCACGCUGUUCGCUCUGGUUCGCACCGCCCUCAAGAUCAAGACUGAAGGUAACCCUGACCAGGAGAACGAGGAGCUGAGGGGGAUCAUCAAGAAGAUCUGGAAGAGAAUGAAACCAAAACUACUGGAUGAAGUAAUACCACCGCAUGAAGAGGAGGAAGUGACAGUCGGGAAGUUUUACGCAACGUUCCUGAUUCAGGAUUACUUCAGGAAGUUCAGGAAGAGGAAAGAGCAAGGAGACCUGACGGGAGAGUCUGACACCACCAACCCGUCUGCCAUUCAGCUGUGCAAAGCCGGCCUGAAGACUCUGCAGGAUCUGGGUCCAGAGAUGCGCUUGGCCCUGAACGAGGACCUGGAGUACGAGGACGAGGCCAUGAUGGAGGACGAGGAGCUGGAGGAGGACGCUGCGUAUCAGGGCGGCGACGGCGUGGGACCAGAGAGGGACCGCCGAGGCUCCGCCCUGGCCACGCCCACUGGUCCCGCAGGUCCCGGGGGACCGGCGGGGGACGGCGGCGUGUCCAACGGCGGUCUGGUCCACCGGGUCGGUUCCCUCACCAAGAUGCCGAACGGCAGCGACCGCGACGAACAUCUGCGGCGCGGAGACGACGCGAGGUCGUCCGUCAAUCUUCAUCAUCAUCGUCAUCACCGCCGGCCGUCAGCGAAGAACGGCCUGCUGGACCACGGAGACCACAAGAGACCACGUCACAAGACCACCAGGAGGGACUCCAGGGACCGGUACUGGAGGAACGGGGACCUGGAGGCCUACGGAGAGCAGGGCUACUACAGCCGGGAGGAGGACAACGACAGCAUCACCUCCAGAGACAGACACUACCCUGACGAGCCUCCUCUGUACAGAGACCACUAUGAUGGCCACGCCCCCUACCCCAACAGUAGCUAUGGUAACGGGUACAGCGAGGCCAGGAGGACAACCCGGCGACGCCUACUUCCUGCCACGCCCACAGGUCGGAAGCCGUCAUUCAACAUCCAGUGCUUGAGGAGGCAGGGCAGCAGUGACGACCUGCCGAUCCCCGGAACCUAUCACCCCACCUCACCGCCACGCCGCACACGCACACAGACGUUCAGCAGUUACGAGUCUCGGCUCUCCUCCGGUCGCUCCUCGGCAGCCUCCUCUGCGUCCUGGGCGAACCCGUGUCCUCGCCGCGGUCGCCUCCUCUACGCUCCGCUCAUCCUGGUGGAGGAGGAAGGAGGUGCAGGAAGAGGUGUCAACAUCACGGGUGCAGCACCCAGACCGGCCUGGUACGGUGGCCCUGCAGGGACUUCAGCUCCGCCCCCUUACAGAGCCUACACCACCCUCAGAGUUCCCUCCCAGCUCGGCGGCCAGCUGGCGGAGAAGCGCGGAUCGGCCGACAGCCUGGUGGAGGCGGUCCUGAUCUCGGAGGGGCUCGGCCUUUACGCCCGGGAUCCCAAGUUCGUGGCGUUUGCCAAGCGGGAGAUCGCCGACGCGUGUCACAUGACGGUGGACGAGAUGGAGUCGGCCGCCAGCGACCUUCUCGGCACCGGGAGCCACGGUUUGCUCAGCGCCGCCGCCGCCGCCGACCCCGCCGCGCUCUACAGCGACGAGGAGCCAAUCAGGACGGGCCGCGACGAGGACGAGCUGGCCGACGAGAUGACCUGCGUGACGUCAUUCUGACGGGGCCGGCGCUCUGAGCCAAUCAGUGACGAGACAUUUAACCAAUAUGGGGACAGGACCGAGAGGAGGCCGGAGCUUAACAGAAGUAACACCGACUGACAGAAAGAUGGCCGACAGCAGAGUGACGCUGUGAAUGCCGCUCAGCUGCACCGAAUCUCACUUUACCCACAAUGCAUUGUUGGCAGUUUUACAGGUUGUGUUGUCAUUUUUGUAUUUUAUAAUUCAAAGCAUGGAAAACUAGAGGAACAAAUAUUCAGACGUCCUGAAGCCUCCAGUUCAACGUUUUGGUCGUCGCCAUCUUGUUUUUUAUCAACGAGUUAACAGGAAGUGACCAUAUUUGGACUGAGGAGGAGUGACACCAGAGACGGCGUAUGUUAAUCACCUUGUAGCCCCGCCCUAAAUCAUCCCCUGCUUUAUGGUCUGUUUGACUCUAAAUGACCAU